AUCACGUUUGCUGAAGCGUUGGAGAUGGUCUAAUUCACCCAAAUGACAAAUACUAACAAACAGCAACAGUCUCUCAGUUCUACUGUGGUAGCUGUACCCUAGACUACACUUGAAACCAAACAACAUGAAAGACACCAUAGUCCUAUACCCAGCUCCAGGAAUGGGCCAUGUAGUCUCCAUGGUAGAGCUAGGCAAGCUCAUCCUCCACCACUACUCCUCCAAAUUCACCAUCAACAUCCUCAUCACCACCGGCCUCUUCGACACCCCCUCCACCAACUCCUACCUCAAUUCCAUCUCCCAAUCCACCCCUUCCAUCUCCUUCCACCACCUCCCUCCUCUCUCCACCACCGCCACCAUCAGCCCCGCCGCCAUUGCAUUCGAAUUCAUCCGCCGCAACGCCGCCAACGUCCGCCACUCCCUUCACCAAAUCUCCCAAACCUCCACCAUCCGCUCCCUCAUCAUCGACUUCUUCUGCACCUCCGCUCUCCCCAUCGCCACCGCCCUCGGAAUACCCAUAUUCUACUUCUUCACCUCCGGCGCCGCCGCCCUCGCCGCCUACCUCCACUUCCCAACAAUUCACAAACAAAUUCACAACAGCUUCAGAGACCUAUCCGCCACCGAAAUUCACGUUCCGGGUUUGCCCCCAAUUCGAGCUGUACACAUGCCUGAGCCUGUACUCGACCGAGACGACCCGGCUUAUCAUGACAUACUCUAUUUCUCUUCUCAUCUACCCAAAUCAAAUGGAAUCAUAGUCAACACAUUCGAAGAUCUCGAGCCAAUACCCAUUAAAGCAAUCGCAGAUGGGUUGUGCGUCGUUGAUUCCCCAACUCCUCCGAUUCACUACAUCGGUCCGUUGAUUACUGAACCUGAGAACAGAUCUAGGGACCCCAAGUGUUUGAAAUGGCUCGAUUCGCAGCCGAAACGGAGCGUGGUGUUCUUGUGUUUCGGUAGCAGAGGAUCGUUCUCGGCGGAGCAGGUGAGGGAGAUAGAAAAAGGGUUGGAGAGAAGUGGCCAUAGA